AUGCCCACAUACUUCUACCAUAUCCUCCUGGAAUUGUUGGUAGCUGGUGGUGGUGAUAAUCUUAAGCAUAAUAAUAUUAUUACUCCGACGCCGGCAGACGACGAGUCCGUCCGCGUUAACAACAAAAACAGCUCACAUACCUCUCCUUCGUCAUCGUCGCCGUCAUCACCGUCCUGCCUGCAUUCACGUUCGCAUUCACAGGCGCGUUUACAUUCUUCUUCUCAGCCACGACGCCUCCUCGAUCGAUUAGAUAACGAUAACAACUUCGCGCUGCAGGCUUUCUGUGACGCGUUGCAACCUUUCCGCAACAACAACAACAACAACAAUAAUAAUAAUACUAAUACUAAUAAUAAGAGGAGGACCAGAGGUGCGGCUGGCAAGGCGUCAAGAGGCGGUGAUAAUUUGAAUAGCCAUCAUAACCAUUUGAAGAGGAAGGACGUUAGGAGCAAUCAUUGCAACGGGAAUAGCAGCGGUGGGAAGAUUUAUAGGGAUCUUGUUGUUCUUGGUGGUGGUAGUGAAAGUUGUGGUGACGGUGUAGGCAAAGAUCCGAACGGACUCCGUCAAUGUCGAGUGUCGUCUGGAACUUUUUCUACAUCUACUCCUCCUACGGCUACAAAUAUAUCUACAACUACAGCUACAGCCACACCCCCCUCUGUUCAGCCCGAGACAGCUGGCAUUCAUCACCAACCGCAAAUACAUGAGUCGCAUACCUACUCCGCAUCUACGAGUACUACUACCACCUCUUCUUCCAGAAUUACAAACGACAAACGCCUAGAUCAAAUUUCCAUCCAGAGCAUCGACAUGGUUGUGCCACCGCAAAAUCAAAACCAGCAACCCCAGCUCCAGAGCCCGCGGCAGACACCCACGGUCACGAACCAACAGCCCCAACAACUUUCUAACAAAGGGAGCAGUCCAAACAACAACCAGAUAGCCAAGGGCAUUGGCACAAGCGUUAUCGGCGGCCUAGCGACGAAGGGCAAAUAUGUCCCGCUCGACCAGAAAGUCUCAGAUAGCGCGUGGGGUAUUGUACAUUUAUACCGUGAUGCCGAUGAGACCUCCGCACUCUAUAGGGACGACGAUGACCCGUCGUUUCUGAAAGGGUCAGCGCUGACACGGAGUGCGAUGCUUGAUGGUAAUUCCAGCAACAGCCUUGGCAGGAGAUAUGGCAGUGAUGAUGUGGAAACUGGCAGUGGGUCUGGAAAAUCCGGAUCGUUAGCAACCGCACCAGCAACAGCAACAGCAGCAGCAGGCGUCCAAUCUGUGGAGGAUUGUACGACUUUAUGUAUCCUCGCGGUGCCGUCAUACAUGUCUCCGUCGGACUUCUUGGGAUUUGUGGGUGAGCAGACGAGGGAUGAGGUUAGCCAUUUUCGAAUGAUUAGGACGGCGCGGGCGAAUCGGUAUAUGGUUCUAAUGAAGUUUCGGAGUGGGAAGAGGGCGAAGGAAUGGCAGCGAGAUUGGAAUGGGAAGGUGUUUAAUUCCAUGGAGCCUGAAACUUGUCAUGUUGUAUUUGUGAAAACUGUCGAGAUUCAGGUGGAGGCACCGGGGACAGAGAGCAAGUUUCCGGAUAUGAAUAAUGACCCCUUUACGCCCGCAACAACGAAUCAUGCCCUAAUUUCCUCACCAUCCUCCCCCGCUCAAUCGGGGAGCGGAUGUCCCGUGUGUCGGUAUACACAGGACGAAUUUGGCAAAAGGGCAGCUCAGACGUUUGAUUUCGACCAGGGCCCCACCGAGUGCCAAGUGUGCCAUUCAGAGGUGAAUCUGUGGCUAUGUUUGAUCUGCGGCAACAUUGGCUGUGGCCGCUACGACGAAGCACAUGCCUUUGCACACUUCAAGGAGACGUCCCACGCCUUCGCCAUGGACCUAGCUUCUCAGCGUGUAUGGGACUACGUGGGCGACGGCUAUGUGCACCGGAUCAUUCAAAAUAAGUCUGACGGCAAACUGGUCGAGCUGCCCGCGGCGGGCGAGAGUGCCCUUGAUCCACCGGACUGGGGCGAUGCCGUGCCCCGCGAGAAGCUGGAGAACAUGAGUGUGGAAUACACGCACCUGCUAACUAGCCAACUGGAAAGCCAGCGGACCUAUUUCGAAGAAGUGGUCGAGCGCGCCGCUGACAAGGCGUCCGUUGCGAGCGCAGCGGCCUCCGCUGCACAGGAGGCUGCGGAGACGGCGACGAAGAACCUCUCCGCGCUCCAAGCGCAAUAUGACACGCUGCUCAACGAGACGAUACCGAAUCUGGAGCGCGAUAAGGGUCGUGCGGAGCGGCGGGCGGAGAAGUUUGAGACCAUGGCGCAUCGGAUGGAGAAGGAGUGGCGCGAGGAGAAGGCUUUGAACGGCAGUCUGAUGGAGAAGGUGGAGUUUUUGAAUGGGGAGGUGCAGAAGUUGACGGCUGCGAAUGAGGAUUUGAAGGAGCAGAAUCGCGAUUUGAGCUUUUUUAUUAGUGGGGCGGAGAGGUUGAGGGAUCAGGGGGAGGAUGUGGUGGAGGGGACGGUUAGUGUUCCGGAGCCGGAGGAGGGGGCCGGAGCGGGUAAGCGGAGGAAGGGGAAAGGGAAGGGAAGGGGGAGGAAGUAG